AUGUUCUUGCAGAUGUGCCGCUACGACUACAAAGUCACCGAAGAAGUAAAACGAACAGAGGAAGUAAAAGUAGAUCUUCAGGACAAGUUCGGCAUUGUCGAGCGAACAAGAGGAGAAAAUGGCGACAGACUAACUACUACAGCCUUCGGCGACGCCUUCCAGAAUGAGAUCCGUAGUGAUCUUGUGGACCCACCACGCGCUGUCGAACUAGGUAAGUUCAACUGGCGUCAUAAUUUUCUCAGAGGAGAAGCAGGUCGAGAGCAGUACACGACGUCAUCAGAAUGGGUGUCUGUUAAAGAGGUACACAACGCCCUACAAAUGUACAGCAAGAGGUUUGAGACCUUGAAUCUUAGAAACAGUCGCGCUCUCGAAGUAUUUUGCACAACGGAACUGGAUCGAUCAUCUGGCACGAAAGAGAUGGCGGUUUUCCGAAAAAUUGUGAUCGAGUUUUUGUUUAUUAAGGCAGAUCCAGACGAAAUCAAGGAUUCAUCGAAGACUAUAGAAUAUUUAUGGGUUACCAUCAUCUUGCAUCUCUGACUUCCACCAUCCUUCUCUCGUUUUUCAAUAGAAAAACAAAAGAGGGCAAGGAUGUUACGAAGAAUGUUGCAAUGGCGGAAUCUCGAAUGCAUCUCAACGGGAAGAACGAUUACUACAGGAGUGCAUGAUUAACGAUAAUGACGUUCUCGGCGACGAAAAGACUCGACAAAGCAAGAAAUAUUUCAUGAGAAGCCGUGUCUUUUUUCGAUUGCAUAAUUUUUAUAUUUACCGUGAUGCUGAUGGAGUUCCUCGCCAUUCCGUUUUUUACAAAUUUUACAUAAGUACGUGGUAUGAAAAAUAGAGUCGGACUAGAUCUAAAAUGAGGAACAAUAUCAUCAUUACUAAUGCUUUGCAUGUUUUUAGCAACUAAACAAGUCCAGCAUAGCCUCAGCCACCAACUGGCUGUAUCGGAUUCUCUCACCUUGACACUGAGCAAACAGAUUAUUGAAUAUGAAAUUGUCCCUCAGUCUUCCUCUGGCUGUAAGAUGUCCUCGAACCCAAUAAAGACGGUAGAUUAUAAGAUGUCCAUACUCAAUCAUUUACGGACAUCGGAAAGGUAGAUCAAUGAAGCAGAGUGGGAAAGGAAAUUCACUCAAUCCGAAGAU